GAACAAACAAUCCCACUUUUUGCGGUUUUCCUGAGCUAGCUAUCUGGGCUCGCUACGUUAGCAGCGUAUCCCUACUUGGGUUAAGCUUGCCCAAGUUCUAGUACUUGGCCAAGCUUUGCUUGUAAACAAGUAGAGCUUGGGUGUCUGUGAUGACUUGCUACUUGCCCUUUUCCUAUCAGUAGCCUUGGCUGCCUGAAAAUAACGGCUUUGGUAAUAAAUCUUUAGCAGCUUUAUCGAUUCACUGGCCCGAUAAAGCUCCCAAGGGCUAGUCAACCUUGAAACAAUUCGUCUACGAGAGGAACAGCAACACAGAAGAAAGCCCCAAUCGAACUCUUCGCAGGUCACCGACAAUUACAAUAUAUCGUAUGCUCAAAGCAACAGGAUUGAGCAAAUUUGAAACUUCGAGUCACUCAUGCUUCAUGCGACAAUCAUGACAUGGGUCCGUGGAAAUGGUCUCCAUCCCAACAUUUUUCAUCUCCUUUCCAUGUUUUUGGGAUUGGUGUUGUUUGCAUUUGUUAUUUUCAACGGUCACCCUCUUACUUUGGAGCAAGAAUCUCUUCAGAGAGCAUCUAUGAGGCCUUCUAUCAAAACCAACCUCAAACUUCAAAUCGGAGAGAGCUUUGAAACCAGAACAAAUUCGACCAUAUGGAUAAGUAUGGCGGUGUGCUAUUCGUCGAAUACUCUGUAUCACGGAAAAAAGCAUUACCCUUAUACGUAUGCCUUAUUGCUGAGUACGGAUCUGUGGCUUCAACUCACGGAUCACUCAAUUCUUGUUACCAUCGUUCAUAAUGAAACAGACCCGUCUGACGAACUUCAACAGUAUGCUGCCAAAUUAAAUAACUCGAACAGGGUUCAAAUUGUCCUGGUGGAGAACGGAUCCAUGGACUGUCCACUUAAAUCUCAAAUUAUUAGACUCAUUCCACCUCCAAAAGCCUGGCUUAGACCCAACGACUUAUAUGUCACGUCAGAUGUGGAUGCUUUUCCAAUGGUGCCAAGCAUUUUUGAGGUUCUCAGAUCAAACCACAAGAUUUGGAUUUUUCAGUACCAACACACUCUGAUGAGAACGGAUACAUUGCCGAUAAGUUUUAUAGCUAUGAGGGUUCACUUAUGGCGGGACUUGCUGAUUCAAAACUCCUCCGAAAGCUUAGUUAGUCAUUUUGGGUCCAUUUUAAACUGGGCUCAAGACACAUGGGGCUUUGAUCAAGAUAUUGUCUCCAGAGUGAUAUUGUCCUCCAAACUGUGCACUUUACCCAAAGACCACGGCCUUUAUCCACGGCUAAGGAUACCGAUCCCCAAAAAACAAAUCAACGACACGGCGACUUGCUUCCAUGGAGCCACGUGGGCCAAUUGCAAUAAAGGCACACCGACAUUAGCCCAUGUUUGUAAGUGGUGGCAUUUCUAUCCCUCGGACUCACAAGGCGUUAUGUACAAAAAAUAUUUGGACAUCCUUAUGCGCAAUGACCUCCAGGAUCAAGCUAAAAAAUUUUAGAAUUGGAAAUGGUUCCUCAGCGUAAUCAUGAUGAACCUGAAGGGGGACGUUCGAGUCGAGCUUUAACUACAUGGAUUUGAGCACAAGCAUUGCGUUCUUCUCCAAAUGAUUGGUAUUUGUAUUUUGUCAAUGAGUAGUACGUACUUUUUACUCUCUUGAAGGAUCAAGCAAGAAUUUUCGUAAAAGAAUGGAACCAUUUUUGAAAGUCCUUGACUAAGCUGCGUUCUUCUUCAAAUGAUUGGUAUUUGUAUUUUGUCAAUAAGUAGUAUGUACUUUUUAUUCUCGAAAAAGAAUGGAUUUUGCGUAAAAUUAUUGUUCACUUCAGAUUUAAAUUGAUU